AUGUUACUAUUGCCCAGAUAUCAGAAAAAAGUUCAUAUAUUGUUGAAUAUGAUUACACAUUUCAACAAUUCCAUAGCUGUUUCCUCUAUUCGUCAUCAAAACCAAGUUCCUCCAACUCCAAGGUUCGACCUUUCUCGUGUUUCAUUUACAGUUCGGUGUUUUCAGAUUCAGAGCUGUGUCCGUAGGGAUAAGUCCGAGUUACAGCAACACUCGUCUCAGUUACCGACUCGGUUUUUCGUUAAUCCGGUUUCAAGGGCAAUUAGGAAUCAAGCUCAAGAAGCUCUUUUUGAUUACUUACAUUCUACUAGGAGCCUUAGUUUUACUGAUGCAGAACAUAUAAGCAAGAAUUCACCGCAUUUUAUGUCGAAUAUCUUGUCCAAGAUUGAUGAUGAUAACCAGAAGGAUAUAUCCAGGGCAUUGACUAGAUUCUUUAGGUACAAUCCGAUAAACGAGUUUGAACCGUUUUUCGAGAGUUUGGGUUUGUGCCCGUCUGAGUUUGAACCGUUUCUUCCACAGCAGCUAAUGUUUUUGAGUGAUGAUGGUAUCAUGUUUGAGAAUUUCCAUGCUCUUUGCAACUAUGGAAUCCCGCGUGGUAAGAUUGGUCGUAUGUAUAAAGAAGCUAGAGAGAUUUUCCGAUACGAAUCUGGAAUGUUGGCGUCGAAACUCGGGGCUUAUGAGGAUUUGGGUCUUAGUAAGGGUACAGUCAUCAAGUUAGUUACUAGUUGCCCUUUGCUUCUUGUUGGUGGGAUUGAUGGUGAAUUUGCUUCUGUGUUUGAUAAGUUGAAGGGGUUACAAGUAGGAUUUGAUUGGCUCGGGCGGUACUUGUCUGACCGGAAAACAUAUAGCUGGCGUAGAAUUCUGGAGGCAAUAGAGUUUCUUGAUAAAGUGGGAUGUAAAGAGGAGAAGUUGAGUAGUCUUUUGAAAAUGUAUCCAGCUUUGGUGCUCGAAGGCUCCGGUAAGAAAUUCUAUGUCCUGUUCGGUAGGUUGUUUAAAGUAGGGCUUCAAGUGAAUGAGAUUUAUGGGCUAUUUAUAGAUAACCCAGAGAUGUUGUCAGACAAAUGCGUAAGAAAUAUUCAGAAGACGCUGGAUUUCUUGAUCGCUAUUAGAAUGGAAACGCAGUUUAUCACAAAGAUUUUGCUGAGUCACAUGGAGCUUAUCGGUUCGUGCUCUCUGCAAGCACCUAGAACUGCUUGUAUUAGCUUGGGCGUUAGACAAGACGAGCUAUGUCAAAUCUUAAAGAAAGAGCCUUUGAGAUUGUUCAGUUUUGUUUCUGCAACAAAGAAAAUAAAAAGCAAACAUCUUUCGGAAGACUCAAGGAAACACGCAGAGAAGACGGCGUUUUUGAUGAGGCUAGGGUAUUUAGAGAACUCGGAUGAGAUGGUAAAGGCUCUGAAACAGUUUCGAGGGAGGGGAGAUCAGCUACAGGAGAGAUUUGAUUGCCUCGUGAAAGCCGGUUUAAGCCACAGUGUGGUUACCGAGAUCAUCAAGCAUGCUCCAAUAGUACUUAACCUGUCUAAAGAUGUCUUAGAGAAAAAGAUACAUUCCCUAACCAAACUUCUUGGAUAUCCGAUUGAAUCCCUUGUAAGUUUCCCAGCAUAUCUGUGUUACGAUAUGCAGAGAAUACAAAAUAGAUUCUCAAUGUAUUUAUGGUUGAGGGAAAGAGAUGCAGCAAAGCCGAUGCUUUCACCAAGCACUAUUCUCACUUGCGGUGAUGCCCGGUUUGUGAAGUAUUUUGUCAAUGUCCACCCUGAUGGUCCAGCCAUUUGGGAAAGUAUAAACCAAUCAUCUACCUGA